AUGUCGCGAACAGACCCGUUCGGAGACGAGCAUACCUCGCCCAUCUUGAAUCCUUCCCACCUUACUGGAUAUAGCAAUCGCACUCCUUCCCCUGGGCAACCACUAGAACAUGGCUACCAGCUCUCAGACAACCCAUAUGGGCCUCAGUCCCAUCUUCCCAUGCCAUCCAGUGAUCGCUUGGCCGAACAACCUACUUACUCGGUUGAUCAUGUCGAUAACUCUUAUGGCCAUCAUGAGACAUACGACGCACACCAUCCUUAUCCUGGUCACGAGUAUUCGGUUGACCCUGAAGCCCACCAUGACGCCUACUACACCCAACCCUACCAGCCUACACACACCCCACAUGACGAUUAUGACCUAGGCCAGUAUCCUGAGGGAGGACACACCCCCUUUGAAACCGACCAGCCCAUGCUGCAACCAAAUGAAAACCCCUUCGGGCCGGACCCGUAUACUGAGUUCCACGAUGAACCGGCACCGACGCCCAGCCCUGCGCCUAUCCGCCGUUGGAAGACGGUGAAAGAAGUCCAACUGUUCAACGGCAACCUCGUCUUAGAUUGCCCCAUUGCGCCGAAAUUGCUCAGCCAAGUACCUCACGCAGAGCCGCCAGGUCGCGAUGAAUUCACUCACAUGCGAUAUUCAGCAGCGACAUGCGAUCCUGCCGAUUUCUUCGAAGAGCGAUUUACCCUUCGUCAGAAGCUUUUCGCAAAGCCUCGCAACACCGAACUCUUCAUCGUCGUGACCAUGUACAAUGAAGAUGACUUUCUCUUCGCGCGAACAAUGUCUGGUGUGUUCAAGAACAUUGAUUACAUGUGUUCACGCACCAGCAGCAAAACGUGGGGCAAGGAUUCGUGGAAAAAGAUUGUAGUAUGUAUCAUUAGCGACGGCCGUGCCAAGAUCAACCCUCGGACACGCGCUGUGCUGGCAGCUCUGGGGGUGUACCAAGACGGCAUUGCGAAGCAGCAAGUCAACGGCAAGGACGUCACCGCCCAUAUCUACGAGUACACCACUCAAGUUGGGUUGGAGGUAAAGGGCACGCAAGUGCAUCUCAAGCCUCGGUCUGGGGCUCCAGUGCAGCUGAUUUUCUGUUUGAAGGAAAAGAACCAGAAGAAAAUCAACUCUCAUAGAUGGUUCUUUCAAGCUUUCGGUCGUGUCCUGGAUCCCAACAUCUGUGUCCUCUUGGAUGCGGGUACCAAACCUGGCAAGGACUCGAUCUAUCACCUCUGGAAGGCCUUUGAUGUCGAGCCAAUGUGCGGUGGUGCAUGUGGUGAGAUCAAAGUCAUGUUAUCACACGGCAAGAAAUUGCUGAACCCGCUGGUGGCUGGUCAAAAUUUCGAGUAUAAGCUCAGUAACAUUCUCGAUAAACCGCUUGAGUCUGCAUUCGGUUUCAUUACUGUGCUGCCAGGUGCGUUCUCCGCCUACCGGUUCGUCGCACUUCAAAACGACAAGAACGGUCAAGGUCCACUAGAGCGGUACUUCCUAGGCGAGAAGAUGCACGGUGCCAAUGCCGGUAUCUUCACGGCCAACAUGUACCUGGCUGAAGAUCGAAUCCUAUGUUUCGAGAUUGUCUCCAAGCGGAAGUGCCGAUGGCUCCUUCAGUACGUUAAGUCGUCGACUGGUGAAACCGAUGUGCCCGAUCAGAUGGCCGAGUUCAUUCUCCAGCGUCGUCGUUGGCUGAAUGGUAGUUUCUUCGCUGCAGUUUACGCCAUUGCCCACUUCUACCAGAUCUUCCGCAGUGACCACAGCUUCAUUAGAAAGUUUAUGUUGAUGAUUGAGUUCGUCUAUCAAGCAAUUGCGAUGAUUUUCGCGUGGUUUGGAAUUGGUAACUUCUUCUUGGUUUUCCAUAUCUUGACAACAUACUUGGGCUCAGAUGAUCUACUGGGCACUGCUGGUAAGGUUUUAGGCAUUGUCUUUGAAUGGCUUUACCUGGCAACUCUCGUUACAUGCUUCGUCUUAGCUCUCGGUAAUCGACCUGGCGGAUCCAACAAGUUCUAUAUGACCAUGGUCUAUUUCUGGAUCGUGAUCAUGAUAUAUCUUGCAUUUGCUGCCAUCUUCGUCACGGUCAAAUCGAUCCAAACAGAGGUGGCCUCAAACACCUUUACGGUCAGCCAACUUUUCACCAAUAAGACGUUCUUUUCUAUCAUCGUCUCACUUGGAUCGACCUAUGUCAUGUGGUUCCUCGCCUCGUUUAUCUUCCUGGAUCCAUGGCACAUGUUCACCAGUUUCAUUCAAUACAUCUUGCUCACGCCAACAUACAUCAACGUCCUCAACAUCUACGCCUUCUGCAACACCCACGAUAUCACAUGGGGUACCAAGGGAGAUGACAAGGCCGAGAAACUGCCCUCAGCGCACCUUAAGCCCGGCGGUAAGGUCGACGUCAAUAUCCCGCAAGACGACGGCGAUCUGAACGACCAGUAUGAGGCGGAAUGUGCCAAGUUCGCCACGAAGCCCCCUAAGGAGGUCAACAUUAUUUCGGAGGAAGACAAGCAAGCCGACUACUACAAGGGAUUCCGCAGUGCCGUCGUGCUCGCCUGGGUAUUCUGCAACUUUGCUCUUGGUGCCGUUGUUCUGAGCGCUGCUGGUUUGGAAACCUUUGAGGACUCAUCCACCAAUUCCGACGAUGCACAGACCGAACGCUCCAUGAUCUACAUGGAAGUCAUUCUUUGGAGUGUUGCUGCCCUUUCAAUGUUCAAGUUUAUAGGCGCAAUGUGGUAUCUGGUUGUUCGUAUGUUCCGUGGCGUUUGA